AUGGCCAAGAGGCCAGUAGACCAUGACGCGGUCGACCAGACGCCAAAGAGAAAGAAAUCCCCCAUCUCAGAGACGUCGGAACUUGAAAAAGUGGGAAUUCAUCCAUUGCUGAGAGGCACAGCGAAAUUGCCUGCCAACUUUAAUCCAUUAAAACAGUCUCGCAAACGAGAAGGUUUUGUUGUUAACCCAUACAUAGACCAAAAAGACAUCAAAUACUCGCGACCGAAACGGGAUUUCCAUCUCAAUGAACAAGGCAAGUAUAUUGAGCGCGCAAACGAAAUGAGACGGCGACUGGAGGAGGAAAAGCGAGAACAGGAAGAACAAAAGGCAUUGGCUGCACAGGGACUCACGCCAGAUGAAACGACGGGCGAACAGCAUUAUCUGCCUGUCCGGCCGCCCGCAGUUGAGUGGUGGGAUCAGCCGCUACUCAGUGAGCGACGGUACGGAGACGAGCUGAAAGUUAAGUAUAAUGACAAAGAUGAUCUGAAGAACCCAAUCACCGAGUAUAUCCAGCACCCUGUUCCGGUGAUGGCACCGUGGGAGAAGCAUCUGCCUCCUCCAAAACCAUUGUACUUGACAAAGAAAGAGAUCAAGCGACUGCGAAAGAACGAACGACAGAUGAAACUGAAAGAGAAGCAGGAUAGAAUGAAGCUUGGACUCGACCCGACUCCAGCGCCAAAAGUGAAAUUAAAGAACCUGAUGAACGUCCUGACGAACGAUGCGAUCAAAAACCCGACAGAGGUGGAAAUGCGCGUGCGACGUGAGAUAGAGGAGCGCAGACUGCAGCACGAAGCAGCUAACAUGGAGCGACACGUCAAUAAGGAAGACAAGGCCGCCAAAAUGGCACGGAAAUUCGAGAGAGACCUACAAAAGGGCUGUUUUUCUGCUGUUUUUGCGGUUGAAAGUCUCGAAAACAACCAACACAGAUAUAAGGUCAAUAUCAAUGCCAAGCAGUUGGACUUGAAGGGCAUGUGUUUGAACCUGGAUAAUGGUCAAUCUCUCAUUAUCGCCGAAGGCGGAGAAAGAUCGGUGUGCAAGUAUAAACGGCUUAUAUUGCACCGGAUCCAAUGGGGCGUCAAAUGCGAACUAGUCUGGGAGGGCCAGCUAGUCGAUCUACACUUUUCAAAAUGGACAAUGUACGAUUUCACAGACGAAGAUGAAAUUCUAGCUCUGCUCGCCAAAUUUAGACUGGAAAAUUAUUGGACGCAAGCCAAAAAUAUCAUUCAUGGCUCCUAAACACUUGUAUUUACAUCACUCCUCGAUCUUGGCAAGCAGAUCGGAGUCCCUGAAAAUCAGGUACUCCUCAUCUCCAACCUUGACAUUCGCACCGCCAAAUGGUGGAAUAAGAACUUUGUCACCAGCAUUGACACUCACCUUGGUCAGUUCACCGUUCGGGUUGAUAAUGCCGGGCCCAACAGCAAUCACAUUGGCGAUGUUGAGCUUCUCCUGGUUCUUUUCUGGGAUGUAGAUUCCGGAGGCGGUCUUUUGGGAAGGUUUGACUCUCUGGACGAGAAUUCUGUCCAGAGUAGGGAUGAUCGAUUUGGCAGACUUCAAGAAGGACUACCGUGUCAGUGCCGGUGUGUAGAG